AAAUUUCACAGUCUUUUCUUCUUUAUUUUGUCUUGGUCCAUUGAAUAGAACUUCGUCUUUAUCGUCGAGCUACAUGCGAGUACGGCUGUUCGUUGAUGGCGAGCGAUUUAGCGGAAUUUGCUUUAUUAGCUGCUAAUUGUAACAGCUUGCCCCGACAGCUGUUUUUCGAAGGAUAAUUGAAGUAUUUUUCAAUCUCAAAGUUUACCAAAUUACAUUCUAAUUGUUCGAAAGCAUCGGUAUUUGCCACGUUCUUUAGGAGAAUGUAUCGAAUCGCAUUGAUACAAAUUUGAAACAUUUGCCACAAGUGCUACACAAAUUAUUUAAAAAACAACGCGUGGCCCGAAUAUUAACUUAAUCCCUCGGGUAAAUAUGACAUAUAAGUGUUUCCCAAUCGUUAAGAACCAAAUAUUUGCCGGCCUCGUUAGUUUUUAUUGCAUUUAUAAUACGGCAGUUGCAAAGAAACAGAACCGGGCUUCACUGUUUUAGUUAUAAUUUCAUUGCUAUAGCGUGUGUGACGGGUCAGAACGCGGCGUUCCUGCUUUCGUGAUCUGUUUUAAAAGUUAUGCUGUUUCAACGAUACCUUACAAAAUUUUUAUAAAGAGAUUUAUUCCUACUGAAUAAAGAGGACAAAUGACUAAUUGUAAAACCAUUCAAUAUAUUUCGGUCUUUCGAAAUGAGACGUUUUUAUUUGCAUGAAAUCACGCAAGAUCAAGUCAUUUUCAACUGACGUUUUUUCAAGUGAUGUUUGAAGUUUGAAGGCGAAUCAUUGACAUCUCAUUGGAGGAAAUGUAUUUGUCGGUUUCGCGAGCAGAUUUUUGCUGUUAUUUGCUUGAAGAAUUCGGUUAGAGGAACUUGCCCGUUCUGGUUGAUUCGUUCUUUCCACAUAAGGAAAAAGAGCUCUUUGAUUUGAGUAAAUAAAUUCAUCAGUCGAGUCAUGGCGACGUCGGUUGCCGGUAACGACGCCAUACUGAUUGGCUCCCCGCUACCCGUAGCCAUAACAACUGCACAUCAGCGGUCCACGCGCGUGGAAUAUGAACACACACGCGGUUCUCACACUUAUCGUUUUCGAUAAAGAUAUGAGUUGUUUAUUUGCACGUAGAAACUGAGAUAAACGUGCAGCCAUGAUCCAUGGUUGGUCUUGGACGAACGUGAACGCCGAGAACAUAAUGGAAGGGAGAAUUCCAUCUUGAGUACAAUGAUUACGCUUUCGGGAAAACGCGAUUUUGGAUUUCUUAAUUUGAAAUUUUAUAAAUGAGGAUGGAAAAAUCUCAGAUUGUUGUGAAGCAGCCACCUCAACUGAAACAGAUAAGGUCAGUAAGUGUAGCCAGCAAUCCGGAUGAAAAAGACAAAGUUAAAGUGAACUUGAGCAAUAGUUGUUUCAACGCCAUACCAGUGGGAAAGAAACCAUUAGAUUUGGAUCUGACCAAUCUCAAUUGGCUGCAAAAUAACAACUUGCUCAGAGGAAUCCAUUCUGGAAAUAAGACGGGCUGUAUAUCUCCACCACAAGAUAUGGAUAUGGAUUUAUCCUUUGUGCCGGGGACACAUAUUCUAGGUGGUGCUGUUAAACACAACAGCUCAUCAAAGAUGAACCUUAAUAAUGUCAAGAACAGUCCUCGCAAGCCGCCUUACUCAUUUUCUUCGCUUAUAUUUAUGGCAAUUGAGGAUUCUCCUAACAAGAGAUUGCCUGUGAAAGACAUUUAUCAAUGGAUUACAGAAAGAUUUCCGUACUUUCGAAAUGCUCCAUUGGGAUGGAAGAAUUCUGUGCGACAUAACUUGUCAUUGAACAAAUGCUUCAAGAAAGUUGACAAGGAUAAGGGACAGGUAACAGAUGUGAUAGCAAUGGGAUCUUUAUGGUGUGUCGAUGUGGACUAUCGACAUCUCAUGCAAGCACUGAGAAAAACACCUUCAUUUCAUCCUUAUGUUCAGUGGACCACACCUCCGCCUUCACCACAAAGACUAAGUGGUUCAACAGCCAGGGCUUUAGAGUCAACUCUACUACAGAGCAUCACUCAAAGCGGAAGGAGCACACCAAAUGUUGAUCCAGAAGCCGAGGCAGCUGCGGUUGCCACUAUGUGUUUGAUGGGUGGUAACAGGUCCUCCGAGGAUGUUGAAUCAAUCAAAGUCAAAUCAAGGCCCCAGAGAAGUACUUUCUCUGAUUUACUUUCAGUUGCAGUCUCAUUGGAUAAAGCUCAAAGAAGUCGGAAAAAAGGUCGAGGGAUGUCGCCAAGCUCGUCAAUGGACAGUGAAUACGAGUUCUAUCAACACUGCUCCGACGAAUCAGACAGGGAGCACGAAAGCGAGGCCAUGGACUCUUUAAUAAACGACGAUUCGCUAGAAGAUAGCGGCUACGGUGAUAGUCUUCCCAAGUCUCGAUCAUCAGAAAAGAACUGUGAUGUCAUUGAUGGCGCGGACGCCUUACUGGAACUAGCGAGUAAGGCGUGUGCCCUGAAGCGAAUGUCAAUUAGAGAGGGGAAAGGGGGCAGUGCUUCGUGAUUGGUGAUGAUUGAGACUGGAAGACAUGAAUUUGGAGAGGAACGGUUGUUGCCUUGAUUGGCGACGUGAUUUGAAUCCAUGGGAGGCUUAUAGGAGCUGAACGACCAGAAUUUCUGUACGGCGAUCAGGGAUAAGUGUACGAUUGAAUGGUAUCCAGUUCUCUGCGCAUCUCGAUGAAGGGGGCGUGAAUGGUAUCCAGUUCUCCGCGCAUCUCCAUGAAGGGUGCAAUAUAUUCUCUUCUGGGUGAAUACAACAUGGACUUAAAUAAACAUGGUCUCGUAUAGUUGUACGAUAUAAAACACUACUUUUAUAGCUGAGUGUUGUGGUGCAAGUGACGGUUGCAGGGUUUUAGCAUAUUUUUUACGCACGCGCAAUCGUUACAGUUCGUUCACCAAACUACUGCAUAUACCUACUUGGUGCCGGUUGCACGAAUCCUGGAUAGCGUUGUCCAUUGGAUGAUGAACGUAUGAAAAAAAAAUGGUCUUAUUUUCUUCAGAAAAAUUAAAACUUCUAAUGUUGUAAAAAAUUGCAACCUUGUCGUGUUGGAUUGUAAAGAAGUUGAUUUGAAUGGUAUCCGGGCUUCGUGCUAAUGGUGUUCGUUCACAUCAGCUUGCAUGUGGUUGGCUAACUUUGUGCGCUUGACGUGAUGUGGUUAAGGCCUGUUUUAGGAUAUUUUAAUUACACUGAGGAUGUAAUUUGUGUAACCAAUGAAUACUUAUUUAAUCGAAUCGCAUUCGUUAAUGAAACAAAAGCAAAAUAGAUAUAUUUUUCACGUGACAUUAUACAGUAUACGCGCGAGAAAAA